AUGUUAAUUUCAAAGACAGAGAAUGAAGAGCAAUCUGAGACAGCAGUUAAUUCAACACAACCAGUUUGUCCUAAUUGUGGUGCAGCUAGGGAAAGUAUUUUAGAAUAAGUGCCAUCUCCAGCUUCAUUUAUAAUUUCCUUUGUUUCCUUAUUUUAUUUCGGAAUUUGGUGCAUAUUUAUAAUCCCAUUGGUGUUUCAAUCAACAAAAAUGAUUAUAAAGAGAUGCUACUAUUGUAAUCAAGAAUUAGAAAAAAGAAAAUACUUUUAAUUACCAAAUAUCAACGAUUAAGUGCUAUAAUUUAGAUUUGGCAAUUGCAUUGUAGUAGUAUCUAGAAAAUAUGCUUUGGUUUUAUUGACGAUCAUAGUUUGUUUGUUUUUUUACUUUGAAUAUUUUACAGAGAAGGAGCAACCAUAAAUUGAAGCAAAUAUCUAUUCGAACAAAACGUGGGUUGAUUUCUUAUAAUUUUGUGGCAAAUUUUAAUUUAUUGAUAAUGGUUUGAAAGCAAGACAUCAAUUUGAAACCUAUUUUAAGGAUAAAAUAGUUUCAUGGAAAGGUGAUUUUAUUCAAACAAAACCUAAUCAUGAUCCAAAUUUCAGUUUCAAUUAUUGGGUGUAUUUAAAGAUGGAUCCAACUGAAUCAACUGAAGAUUUGCCUGAUAUUAUCGUUGGUGUAAGGGACUCUUAAUAUUAAAUUGAAACAUUUUAGAAGUUGGAAAAGGGUAAACCAAUCCAUUUUGAAGCUAAAUUUCUGUUUUUGGGAUCAGAAUAUAACUUUCAUAUUUUGGAAUUAAAACAUCUUACUGUGAUACCAUCUGAACUUGUGGAAGAUAUUAAAUAGCUUCAUCAAUUCACUUUAGACAUGGACUAAUUCCAAAAAUUAAAGAGAUCAAAAUUAUAAGAGUCUCUAAAGCAUAAGAUCCAUAUGUAUAAUCCAAAAUAAAUACCAGGAAUUCAAAAGAUAAUUGAAUCCAUCCAAACAGCAAAUAAUACUAUAGCUAAAACCACCUAAGAAAAUGUUCAAAAUGAGGAAAAUAAACAAGAAUAAUCGGAUUAAGGUGAUAAUGCAGUUAUUGAGAAUUAGAAUGUUAAUUAGUAGGAAGAUAACAAUAACGAUGUUAAUGAAGUUAAUGAAGCUGUUAAUGAAUAGGAUGAAUAAGAGAAACAAUUUGAUCCUUCUAGUGUUAAUAUAAAAAUUGAUGAAUCUAUAAGGAAUGAGAUUCUAUCUAAAGAUUCUGGAAUAGUUGAUGGAGUUAUUGAUGAUGAUGACAAAAGUGCCACAAAUUAAGAUUGA